CCAGCGAUGGCUUCGCUUAGGCAGGAGCACCGCUAUGGGCUCUCCUGUGGAAAAAAUAACAGAAACAGCCCCAGCAGGACGCUGUACCAUGUCAAGCUCACGGACACGGCUAUCAAAGCGCUGGAGGCUUAUCAAAACCUCAAGGGAUCUUUAUCAAGUGAACCAUCAAUUUGUUUCAAAGGAAACCAAGGGUACAUCAAGAUCCCAGCUCCCACACCAGAGUCUCUGUCUGCUCUUCGCGUCUUCUCGUUCUACUUAUCCAGCGACAGCAAAGACCAACCUCAAGCCAGCUUUGACUGCAUCCAUCAGUAUGUUUCAAGUGAUGGCCGUGAGCAGCUGGAAGGUCAGGGCAUUAUCCAGGACAAGAUCACCGUGUGUGCCACCGAUGACUCGUACCAGAUGACCCGGGAGAGGAUGUCUCAGGUGGAGAAGGACAUCUGGAGCCGCUCUGCCAUUGAGAUCAAACCUGGAGCCACACAUCCAAGUAAAUGUGUCAAGCUCCACAAGAGGCCAGUUCCUUCCUCUGCGUCAGACGGCAGCUUCUAUAAGCAGUCUAGCAACAUUCGGCGGAAUGGUGGUAUGGCCACACCGACCCAGAAGCCCCUGAGGGAGCGCAUCAUCCACCUGCUGGCUCUUAAACCGUACAGGAAACCAGAGCUGCUGCUGUGGCUGGAAAGAGAAAGAGCCGGCCCCAAAGACAAGGCGGAGCUGAGUCCUAUACUGGAGGAGGUGGCAAAAGUGAAUCCAAAAGACAGCAGCUACCUGCUGAGGGAUGACUUCUACAAGCACGUGCAGAGGGACUGGCCAGGCUACAGCGAGGAGGAGAGGCAGCUGAUCAGCAGGCUGCUGGCCAGGAAGCUUCAGCUGCAGAUAAGCAACCAAUCAAGAAAUCUUCAAGCAAACGUGUCAGUACUAAAGACCUCAGAGGAUACGACACUACAUCACAGCACCGUGAAAAAUCCUGCAGUGAAACGCCCCGUGCCUUUUGACUCAUUGCAAAGGCUAGCUGUUAAGAGACAAAAACUUGUGGACCAGAGGUUGCAACAGCAGCCCACCAUAAACGGACUCUUAAACAAGAAAGGAGAAUCCGCCAAUGCAAAUCCUACCCUCGACCCCAGCCUCCACAUAAAGACUGAGUUUCAAAGGACAACUAACCAUACUAGUAACCAGACUGGCUCGCCAGGGGGCCACAAUGGCUUUCUCCUAAUGCCCAAAUUGUCUAGCACCCCUAACACACCUGUUUCAGAGAGCAGGGAGCAAGAACCCAAACUAAACAGCCAUCAGCCACCGCAGGGGGACUCUGACUGCACUCACCAGCAGCUCGCAAACAACAACCAGCACAGAAAGAAGAAAUCUAAAAAGCACAAAGACAAGGAGCGGGAGAGGUUGAAAGUCAACCAGGGCAGUGAUUGGUUGGAGACGAGUCCUGAUCUCAAGCAGAACCCAGACAAACUUGACAAUCCAGACAUCACAAAUGCUGUGGCCUCUGAGGAAAAGCCAGAUUAUGUGCUCACCUAUGGCACCAUAAUGAGUUUGGAGCAACGUAAGAGGUACCAGGAAGAUUUCUGCGCAGAGUAUGAUGAAUACAAAGACCUCCACUCCCGGAUCGCCACCAUAACCCACAUGUUUGUUCAGCUAGGAUCCAAGAUCAAGAGCCUGUCCCCUGGCACACAAGACUACAAGAUAAUGGAAGACCAAAUACUAGAAAAGUACAGCAAGUAUCGGAAGAAAUUCCCAGGUUACCGGGAGGAGAAGAAACGCUGCGAGUAUCUCCAUGAGAAACUGUCCUACAUUAAACAGCUCAUCAUAGACUAUGAUGUCUCUCAGGCUUCUUCAUAGCAUAGGCUCUCCCCCUCACAUGUUGACAUCCAAUGUUUUUAUAUGGAAGCCCCUCCUUUCCACAGGUAUCAAACAAAGAAUUUUUACCUGAGAGUGAUAUAAAAGGUUUUGGAUGAAACUUCAGGCGUCAACACAGACCACUUCUGCUGGGACCAUGGAUGAUGCUGUGAGCACUAAUGAGUCAAGAACAGAUUCCACUCUGGUAUUUGUAAGUGUAUUUGUAUUGAAGUUAUCAUUUCUUUCAAUUGUUAUGUUAAUGUGAUAACUCCAAGGGAGAAGCACAGAUAGUCUUGGGAUUAUGACAGUCGUGCAUCUGUGCAUAUCACAUGACAUGACAGUUUCCCUGUCAUGUCAUUACCAGUGUCAGUGUAAGCCAUUGUGUUGAAAAUAUGUAAUAGGUAGCAAAUACGACUACACCUCAUUGACUUUGUUUUUGACAUGUUAAGUCAAACAUUGCUCCAGGCAAGUUUUCACUUUCAUUUUUUAUACAUUUUGAGAUUUCAAUAUGCAGUGUGAGUGUACUUUUACAAAUUCCAUAUCAAAGUUGCCUCAUACGCGAAAUAUGAUUGAAGCAGCCCACUGCAAAAUAACUGAAAUGUUAGUUAUUUUAAUCCCUCACAUUUUUUUAAGUAAAUGGAGUGGUGAUAACUCCACUUGUUUCCAGUGCAGUUUCCCUUAAUGUUCCAGGCAAGUUUAAAUCAAUUACUGCAUCAGCAUCAAGAUACUGACACCUGAUUUUUUUUUUUUUUUUUUUAAAGUCUUCUUCUUACUUUUAAAGUAAAAGAAGUUUGUAUUGGAAACAAGUGAAAUGAUCUCAUUCUCUGGGAGAAGGGAAGGUUAUUAGGACUCAAUAAUAUAUAAAGCGAUACAUUAAAAUGAAGAUAUUUUGCAAUAUGGCCAGAAAGGGGUACUACUGUUCACUUGGUCUCGACAUAACUAAAUUCAAAUUGAAAUGGUCUCUAAGAUUUUGAAAUCGGCUGAAUAUAAUGAAUAAAAAAGAAAAUAUUCAAAUGGCUUGAUACGUUUAUAGGUGCAGGUUCACAUAGAACCUGAUGCAGUACAGUACAAUGACGAAUAUGCUGUCUCCCAAAUGCACUUGUGUCUAUCUAAAGUAUUUAUUCACCACACCCCUUUCUUUUGAAUGACUAGAAAAGGGACCAAAAUGCUUGGCCUUAAUGGCUGCUGCAAUAACUUGGUGAGGAAAGAUGAUUUUUCCUCCCCAAAACAGUUACUGACAUUGUUAAUCAGGCGUUAAGUCUAGUUUGAAGUAUUUCAACCCACUGGAAAGAAGUGUGUUUCUCUCUUUUGCUUAGAACUACUGAUGUAUUUAUUUUAAGCCAUAUUCCUCUGUCCCGUGUUGUUGAAGCAUCACAUCUUGUUAGAUCAAAGUGUUUGGAUCCAAGCAGCUUGGGGAGUGUGGCGGGAGAAGUUGCGAGUAGAUGAAAUGUUCGGCUAAUAUAAUAUGAUGCAUGUUUUGCCCCCGUCUGACCUGACACAGUUGUGGAGAGUCACUGGUUAAAGCUGGCCCAAAGUCCUCUAAAUAUUGAUGUUGAAAUGGCAAAGAAAGGCCUCAGAUGGGAGGUCUGAAAUUGUUCACUUAUGCUCUAUAAAGAAAAAAAACACACACUACAAGAUUAGGUGCAAAGCAUGAUGGUACAUUGUGUCUUUGUUCACGUCGUACUGCAUUGUUAUUUUGAUCAUAUGAGAAUUCAGACAGCACUAAAAAUGGGAGUCAACACUACAUUGGAGACUUUAUAGCGCACAUCAUUUCAGCAUCAUCCCUAGAUUGUUGGUCUUCAUGGAAAUAUGGAGCCAUAUAAGUAAAAUGUGUACGUUUGCUACAUCAUAACCAUUUGUGGUGCUUGGGUAUUUUAAAUACUAGUCCAGAGGCUUUUAUAUCCUUCAGUUUUUAGUUAAUAAUCGAUGCCCAUUCAGGGUUUGUUUUUUUUUUUGUUUUUUUUUGCACUAAAACUGGUUUGAAAAAAAGGGGGCUCGUGAACAUUAUAAUUGUUCAUCUUGGUUGCAGUUUUUGUACCAAAUGUUAUCACAAAGUCAGUGACAUAUGUAGAAGCCUUAAGAUUUAAUUUUUAUAGAACAAAAACCUUCAAACUGCCAAUUUCAACAUGGAGUCAUCAUCCACACUCAUCUGUUAUCUGCCUUAUAUUACUGUUAGCUAUUAAACCUGUCUUUGCCAUUUAACUGUUCAAGUGAAGGCCAACGGUGGCUUUCUCACACGUUUGAAUAUUACUUUCUGGAGGAAAUAUUUCAUCAUAUAUUUUAAAAAUUGUUUAGUGCACACUUUGAUUUGCAGUGAUGGCAUAUAGCUUACUCUUACUGCAGCUGCAUUGGAAAUCCCUCUGGUACUCUGUUUUUAAAUCAUGAUUGAUGUAUAUGGUGAUGCAUUUAUCAUUAGGAAUAUAACCGUGGUUAACUCUAUCACUGAUAUUCCUAUUUGAAUUCCAUUUGACUCAGCUCUGAGCAUUUGGUUUGAUUGGAAGACUGUCUUCAGUGAUUUCUGCUAUAUUUCGAGCACAGAAAAUCAAUUGUUAAAAUAACAAUACUCAAUCACUUUCAGGUAGAGAGUGGUAAUUACAAAAAUGUUUCAGGUGGAGAAAAAUAUAAUGGUGUCAAGUGGUUGAUUGACAACCAUAAUUAUCUGGGGGUUAUUAUACCAUAUAUUGACUAUGAUGAAAGAAUCACCGGUCUUGAAGACAGCAUAUUUCUUACAAAAUCACUAAAUGAAUUUUAUUUAUCUGUGCAAGUCUUAAUCACAAGCUACAAUAACAGGUUCAUUCAUUUUGUUCUUGGACUGGUGCUGAGCACUCACAAGGCACCAGUGUGUACUGCACAGCAGGUGUUUUUAUGUACUAUGUACCUGCUGAAGGGAAGGCAGAGCAUUAUGAACUGCAUUUUACAAAUGUAUACUUUCUCUUUUCCUGUUGUGCUAAAUUCAAAAGAAUAAAAACAUCAAAGCGA